AUGGAAGAAAUACGUCAAAUCAACCUAAAUUACAUCACUGAGCGCAUCAUCACCAUUCUCUGCCCUGCGGAGUGUCCAGAGGACGUGUACCAGCAGAACCUGGAGGUGAUCCUUCCCAUGCUGCAGUCCAAGCAUGGCCACAACUACAUGCUCAUCAACCUCUCCAUGAAGCAUGAAGCUCUCACCAAAAUGAGCCACAAUGUUCUGGACACAGGCUGGUUGGAUCUCCUGGCCCCCAGCUUGGAUCAGAUCUUCAGGGUGUGCUCCACGAUGGAGAGCUGGCUGCAGAGUCAUCCCAAGCACGUCCUGGUGUUACACUGCAGGGGGGGGAAAGGCCGGCUUGGCCUUCUGGUGGCGUCGUACAUCCACUUCAGCAACAUGUCAGCCAGUGCAGACCUCUCUCUCGACCACUUUGCCAUGAGGAGGUUCUACAACGACAAGGUGUCUGCUCUGAUGACGCCCUCGCAGAAGCGGUAUGUGUGGAUGCUGGAAUGCCUCCUGAAGAGAGGACUCAGGAUGAGUCCCUCUCCCUCUUUCCUCCUCUGUGUUGUUCUUCACGGUCUCCCCAAAUUAAGACCAGACGGAGGAUGCUGUCUUUUCCUGAGGGUCUACCAAAGCCUGCAAGCUGUCUGUACAUCAGCGGUUUACCAUGUUAAUGCUGCUCAGACAGACCGGCUCUACUUCGUGCUUCAGCCGGCUCAGCUGCUCAAAGGCGACAUCAUGGUCGUCUUCCGCCUCCAGUUUCACACGGGGGUCGUGGUCCAACACACCCUCUCUUUCUCCAAGGCGGACCUUGACUGUGCCAGCAGAGAUCCUAGGUUCCCAGAUGGUGGAAAAGUUGAGCUGCUCUUCUCUGAAAGCCCUGAAAAGAUAGCAGGCAGAGAGCUGUGGCACAACGGCAGCUCUGUGGAGGUGGACUAUGACACCUUGGAUCCUUUGGUCAGACGAGAUUCCUAUCAGGACGUGUUCUGUCAUGAAGCAGCUCCUCCCUACAUUUUGGAUCCUAGAAAUGGAAGUUUUUUCUCCGGAGUGAGGAAGAAGAGCCGCGAGGAAGGAGCCUCCUUCCCUCUGACCACCAGCAGUCCCAUCUCUAGUGAGCGUGCUCAGUCAGCCAGCAGUGACUCAGGUCUGUCUGUUGCCUCGCAGGGAAGGACGGGAACCAGACAGAGGAGGGGGGUCACACAGGACAAGUGUACCCAGGCGGGGAAGCUGAUCUCUGGGCUGGACUUUGAGCCGGCUCAGCCUCUCCUGGAGGUCAUGACUGAACUUGCUUCAGCCGGGGGAGGGGAGGGGCACAUGGCUGGAGAUGAGUCUGGGCUGGGUCACACCAUCAAUGGAGAGACCUCAUCAAGCGAGAGGGAAACUGAUAUCCUGGAUGAUGAAGAUGACCUGGAAGCAGGCAGAGCCUCGAGUAGUGUUUGCUCCCUCUCUUCGGAAAAUCUGCCCGGAGCUCAGAGGCCGGCCCAAACCGACUACUCCACUCACUACUGGGUGCGUCAGCAGCAGAUGGUGGAAGCAGCCUCAGACAGUUUCCUUACAGUGGACGGGGACGAGAGGUCAUGCAGGGUGAAAACGGAGAGGGAUGCUCCUAACACACCGCUGCGAGGACUCAGCAGCAGGGAGGCGGUGCAGAGGGGGCUAGUGGAUGAGAACGACGGACACAAUGCCACAAACAACACGCAAAACACACCGGCCACCGACACCACUCCAGCUAUUCAGGAUGAAGAGCUGGCCUCGUUGGCAACGGACAUCGAUGAGUCCAUAGAGCAGCUGAACCAGCUGAUUCUGGACCUGGACCCCACUUUUGUCCCCGUGCCUACCCGCUGCUCCCCACUGUCCCGCUCCGCCUCCCUACAAACCAACGGCCUCAGCCACAAAGGAGGCACCAGUCGCACAGGAUGGAAACAACAGAAGCAGAUCACUGAUGUCACAGACUAUGCUGGACCCCAAAGUCCUGGAUGGAGAGGUGGUGGACCUCAGAGUGUCAGCACCACCACAGCCAACAGUCCCUCCCAGCGUGGGCAUCUCUACAAAACCAACAGCCUGGACUAUCACGGCCAAAUGGACACCUCUGACAUCGUCCCUCCAACUCCGGCCUUCCCAGUCUCUCCUCCGACGCCCUAUGUGAAACAUUUCUCCGAGUUUUCCCAGCUCAGGACGGGCGGGCAGUGGGACCAGCACAGCUGGACACAAGGUUUGGCAUUAAAUUAA